AUGGCUAGAUACUACUCCCAGGAACCAAUCCGCCACAAUAAUGCUUACAAGGUCUCUAAGCCAUCAGCUGCCCAAAGAAAGUACAACAAGGAGUUUAAUGCUGCUGUUGCUGAGGCUGCUGCUGAAAGAUUCUACAACGAAGCCAACUACUCCUCCGACUCUGAGUCUUCGUCCGAAGAAUCUUCCUCCGACGAGUCUUCCUCCGAAGAGUCCGACUCUGAGGCUGAAUACGACCAAGACUUGGUUUUCCCACACUCUGACGAAGUCGUUUACUACCCAAACACCUCUGACGAAGAAGAGGCUUCCGACGAAGCUUUGUUGGACAUUUUUGACGAGUCUGACACUGAAAUGGAAGUUUCCGAGACCAGCUCGGACGAAGAAGUUUAUGAGUUCAACCUCGCUAACAACGACGGAGAAGAGUUUGAAGAGCCAGAAUUCAAGCAAUAUAACUUGGAAAACAACGACACUCAUUACAAGUUGACCUACAAGUUGUUCAACCCAGUUGAUAACUCUCGCAUCAUGCCACAUACUGUUGAGUUGAACUACCUCGUCAAGGACGAUGAAUUGGUUAUCAGUGGCGAAGUUUUGUUGCCAAAGUAUGAUGAAGCUGCUGAAGAAUCUGAAUCUGAGUCUGAAUCUGAGUCUGAAUCCGAAUCCGAUUCCGAGUCUGACUCUGACUCCGAUGAGUCUCUUUCUGAAAGUGAAAUCUUGGAGGCCAUCAAUGACGAGUUUGAAAAUGAAAACCAAUUCGACAACGAAAUUGAGUUGCAAAACUUGAACUUCGAAACUCAUUUCCAAUUCAACGCUGGUGAAAUCGAAGUCGAGUUGAUCCACUCCAAGAUCACUGGUCAGAACAGAGACAAGUUGCAGAUCAUCAUUCCAAAGGUUAACGCCUACGACGAGUCUGAUAACGAAGAGAUUGUCUCUAUCCCUGUUAGAGGUGGGGCCCCAGUUUACGAUUCUGAUGAUGAGUCCACGGAUGAAUCUAUGGAUGAUUCGAUGUAUGAGUCUUACGAUGAGGAUGCCGAAGAAGCCAUCUACAAGGUCCUUGCCAACGAGCCCGAAAGCGAAGAUGAAACCAUCUACAAGGUUAUCCGCAACGGUGAAGAUUCCGACAGCGAUGAGGAAUGCGAAGAGUGUGAGGAGUGCGGGGAAUGUGAUGGCUGCGAAGAGUGUGACAGUGAAGAGUGUGCUGAAUACGAGAACUGUAAGUGUACUACUUCCGACUCCGACUCUGCCUCCGAGCAGGAUGCCGUCAUCGAAUACCCAUUGCAAGCUGCCAACUUUGAUUCUGAUUCGUCUGACUCGUCUUACACAUCCGACUCCCCUGAUUCGUCCGACUCUUCCGACUCCGAUGCCGACGUCUACGACUGCGAAUUCUAA